AGCAAGAAGUGUGAAGGCUUGUUUGCCUGGAAGCACUUCUUUGAAAUUGCUUCUUUAAAGGAGGGACACGUAUCCCCAAGCCUUGUUUCCUUCACCAGUUCAUUCAGUCCACAUCCCUCUGCAGGUGAACCCCCAAAGGGCGGCCUGCCUGCUGUUCACAAAGCUCAUGAGCAAAUGGCGUUUGACUCCUGCACCCAAAAUGAACCUCUUCUUAUGUACAAAAUGUCUUUAGAAAGAGCUCUGGCCAUGUGCAGACUGUUACAAGCUGGACAUCUGCACCCUUGUGAACUGAGGCUUGUCUGAUGUAAACAAUUCACAUUUCAGAAGCAAAGAGCUUUAUUUAUGACCAGAAAGACUGCCCUUGCCCUCCCCUGUCAAGAGUGUUGAAAGCAAUUCAGGAAUGAACUUCGCCUUUUGGCCAGUGUUUGCUAGGGAGGGUGAACAUAUAUAUUUUGUUUCUUUUUUCCUUCCAUAACUAUGCAGAUACUGUUCUGUUUUGACAAUGGAACAGAAAUACUCAAACACAAAGAGGAGUUGGCCAUUUUACUUUAUAGUACAACUUUACACAGUUGCAAAAUGCAGGGGUAUUUCAGUACGAAAAGAAGAAACAUAUUUGUGGCUUUGGGACGCAGAAUUUGGCAAAUUCAGAUGGAGCAGUGACAUUUUUUGUCUUAGUUUGAGGCAGAAGGCCCAAACCAGCAGAGGAAAGCAGACUCAACUAGCCAUCUACAGACCCUGCACAGAGGCUGCCAGCCAUCUCCUUUAAAGAGAUCCUGUGUCCCUGUGUGUCAUAAAUAUCUGCUGACAGAAAAGUAGUGGCAGAGACUGAAACCUGCAGUGACAUUUUUCCAGGAGGGCAGGAUUAGGCUGAAUUAGCUGCUGGGUUUGGUCCAGGCACCAGACACAGGAUCUCCAUAUGUGGGAACUGGUGUUCAGGAGCACUCCAGUAUAGAGAAGUGGGAUUAAUAAUUUAGUGGUGGGCAGAGGAGCCUAGGCUGGCCUGUGACAAUUUGUCAGAGUAAGUUCACGGUGCAGUCAGUCUUUAAAAUCCAGUUUUUGGUGUCCUGAGUUGGAGCUGCUCCAUUCAUUAUUAAGUCCUGGCUUGCAACUGGCUUCCUGCAUUGCAGAGGCCACAAGGUGCCUCAGUGUCUCACCCCACCCUCAGUUUUAUGGUUAACAAGAAUGUCCUUUGGAGCACAAGAGACAUUUUUGGCACGUAGACUUCAGGAACAACAAGUCUAUCACUUCCUCUGCUGGAUUGUUGCAAGGGAUACAUGAUUUUAUGUACAUAUUUGUAUGUACAUAACAUAUAAAAAUACAUACACACCUCUCACUUCAGUAGACCUACAUCCUUCAAGUUAGCAGCUUUAGGCCCUAUUGCUGUUAGGUCAGGCAUGGAGCACUCUUCCAUGCUGACACAUUUUGAAUCACUUUACUCAAAGUCUUGAUUUGACUUCGACUUUCUAAGACUUGACUUCUUAAGUUUUAGAAAGAGUAAGCAGUAAAGGCAAUAUCAAAGCUAAAGAAAACUUGAAAACAAUUGCAAUUCCUAUGAGAAACAAGAAAGGAAGAAGGAAAGGCAAGAUUAAAUUUUGACAAACAGAUACUGCAGCAUGAAGUGACAGAGAUGUGGGCACAGUCACGUACCUGGGAGGUGUGCUGGGGCAGAGGGAGGCGUUGGUAGGCGAGGACAGUCCAGGUGUGUUAGGCUGCUCAGCUGCCAGCCACAGCAUGUUAUGAACUGUGCCAGCCCCAUCUGUCGUGUGCCAACACUUGCUGUGUUCUCCUUCCCUGCAGAUGCCUUAUCUGCUCCUGAACCCGUCCAUGCCAGAGAUAAGGCCUCGAAUGUACCCGGUGUUUUUUGGAGAAAGCAUUGAGGUCAACCCUGAACCUGUGCAGGAAAUCAGGUGCAAUUCCGAGGUGAAGUACGACUCGGAGAAGCACUAUCGGGAUGACAUCUUCUAUGGCCCCAUCCCCACCGUCACCACCUACAGCGAGACCAUCAUCGCCGCUCCCAACUGCACCUGGCGGAACUACAAGUCCCAGCUGAUCUUCGAGCCCCGCCAGAAGCCGGUGAGGUUUCAGAGCACGACCAUCAUUUUCCCUAAACGUGCCAAGAACAUUUACCGGACCACCCUCAACUACAGCUUGGGUUGUGCCAAGCGCUGGUUUGCUUCCAGCGUGCAGCUGGAACUCUGCGAGGAAACCAACCCGUGCGUCAUGUACAGCGAGAGCCUCUGAUCCGCCCCGCCGCUGGCAACCGCGCGACCCCCGGGAGGCCGCGGCCUUCGCUCUGCCCGGGCCUUGCUCGGUGGCAACUGAAUAUUCAUGGCUGCAGAACAGCUCUGGGGUGAGGCUGAACUGGCUGGGAGGAGGCUUGAAGGGCACAGGAUGGUUUUGAUCAGUGAGAGGCUGGCUUGUACUUUGCGACGUUUCUGACAUUCGUGAUCUGGAUUUUAUUUUGGGGUUUGGUUUUGGUUUUUUUUCCCCGAGCAUAUCUAUUUUUGGCUUGAGUUUAGAUGAAAUCAAGAUGACAAAGGACCCUGUUACCCAUAGCAGAAUGAUGCCUUGUGAGCUCUGUAGGUCUCGUCUAGCACAUAGGUGAGAGUCACUGUAAGCUUCAGAGCUAUUUUGGUCCCUGCAAAGGGAAGACCAACUGCAGAGCCAGCGUCUGGUCAGCCCAGCCCACCCCAGGCCGGAUCUCUUUCAGAGCUGAAAUGCAGAGGAGGUGGUUAUUCGUACCAGUACAUCACAGCUUGCUCCAACAGCUCAUCUGAGUGAGAGCUGCCCUAUUACAGCACUGCAGUCACCCCACUUCCUGAAAGGAGUGGAGACUGUCAUCCCAAGAAAAAAAGGAUUUAAACAGGUUCCCCAGCUCUUGCAAGCAGCUGGAUGUUUGUAUACCAUAGCAAGGCACAGCACAGCCAGGAGAUGGGAGAAAGGCCUGCUCUGAUGCACAGACACAUCUUCUGUGAGCCCAGCCAGGAGUAAGUAGGGAGGCUAAGGAAAAUGAACAGCUGAAGGGCAAGUUUUUAAAAGUGACUGAGAGAUUCAGGAGCCCAGUGCCCUUUUAUCAAAAGUAUUGUCAGACCAAGUGUGCUAUGCUGUUCACUGCCUCUAACACCUUAUUUAAGGGAUCUGUGUGCACUAGCAGCCCUUCUGAGUUUCAGGGUGUGGCUGUAUUGAAGAGAGGAGUGUAGAGCAGGAAGAUGCUCUCUGGCUUUUUUGAAGCCAGGGCAGGGUUAACUCACCCUCUCAAUAAUUUCCAUAGUUGUGGCAUGGGCAGCUUUUCUGCCUGUAGAGGAGCAGCCAAACUUUCUCCGUGCAUAGCUUGAAGGAUUGAGGAGCCCAAAUCUCAUCCAGGUUUUCCUUAAUUAGCCAGGCUAUAGCACUAGAAACAGGUACUUUGCAAGCAGCUGAAUUGUCUGCAAAAGACAAAGAAACAGUGAGCAGGAGCCAGUGCAGCCAUCCUAAGGUAAAAUAUUCCUCACUCAUUAAUCCCAUCUCCUGGUAUAUCUUCACUUUGGUCUCUUGCUGAAAAUCUGCAAGAGUCUGGAUUCCCACAAACAUAUAACUUUUGAAAAUAGCAGGGAAUUGUCUCCAAAAAUCUUACCAAGAAUUUUUGCAUGCUGCUCAGACUUAGAAAUAACCACACAGCUCCGGAAAUUAAUUUCCAGCUUUCUCUCUUCUAAACUUUCCAUUUUGUUCCUGACUUGCUGUGAGUCUGAUGGAGUUAUUUCAGAACACAGCUGAGCAGCCAAGUCAGAAAGCCUAUUAACAAUGUCAACAAGACAUAGCUGAUUGCCCAGAACAGUUGACGCACAAACCCACUGAGAUUAAAAAAAAAAGUCUGAAAAACUUGAAAAAAUAAUAAAAUUAGUGACAUAUAAAGAUACUUUUUCCAUCAGUUUCAAAGAGCAGUUGGUAAAUGUGACCAGAACUGUGACCUUUAUGAAACAGAGUUCUAUUGUUUAAAAUGUAGCAGUUUUUCCACCAGAGGUAAAUAUAAAGUCUUUAAAUACAAACUUCAAUCCUGACAGCUGAGGCAUCAUUAGUGCUGAAAGAUGUGUUUUAUGGCAGUGCUGAACUCUGCCUCUCUACUGGGAGUUAGGACUUGGUAGGAAGAAACCUCUCAAAGGAUUUCCAAGGCUUCCACCUACUGUUGAAUUCUUUACAGCAACACAAACAAGGAUUAUAUUUGUUAUUGGUCAGAUUCUGCUGUCACUGUCUGUCAGCAUCAAAGCCUGGAAAAGCAGCAUGUGCCUCCAGAGGGAUUAUUAUGCCUGAAGCAACGCUUCUCCCCAGGGCUCCAGCAAACAGGAGAGCUGGCUUAGGCAGCAGGGAGUUGGCGUUUGGGUGAAAGUGGUCCCAGUGUGGUGAGGCUGGUGAUGGCACUUCUGUGCUAGUUCAUCUUGAGGUCUGUCCCGCUGGCCACAGGCUGCUGAGCGAGCCUUGGGAGCAGGGGAAAUACCCCUCUGCCUCCCUGGGCACAUGUGGAGGGCCCUGCAUCCCUGAGAUUCUGCCAAGGGGAAGGUUCCCAAGCUGACAGCAGUGUAAUCCAGGUCCAAAAGCAAGGCCAGUACUCACACCCAGGAGAUCUCUGCACAAUGACAGAGUGGACUGAUAGAGACAGGCUGACCUCAGAGCUGAGGGGAUGCCAGACUCUCCCUGUUCUGACCACACAUUGGGCUUUGCUCCUUUUAACAGCUGGAUUAUUCCCCUGCUUCAAGCACAGAGCUGCUGUUCUUGAUCAUGCUGGUCUUUGAGCAGGACAGGUUUUCCCUGGAAAAAUCCCUUUCAUCAUGACAAGCUGCAGGUUUCUGCCCACUCUGUCCACUGUUCUGUUUCCUAAAUAUCAGCUGCAACAGUAAGUUAAGCAAGCCAAAAAAACCUAGUGUGCAAAUACAAAUCCAGCAGAGAGACUGAGCCUCAACCUGGACUUUCACCACACAGGGAGAGGAGCUGCUGAGGCAAAGUCUCACAGGUGGAUGUGACCCUGGGAGGGUGCAGUGCAGGGCUGCAUCCUUGGCACUGGAGCAUCCCACACACCCAGCCCAGACCUCUUUGAAGCUUCAUGCUUUGUUUUCUCUGCAAAUACACUAGAAGUGACCUAACAUGCUCCUGUUCUUUUGAGUUUAAGCAGCUUUUCUGAUCUUGCCAUGUUAGGGGUAAAAAAAGGAGAUAGAAAGCAGCUUGGGUUUCUAGGCUGCUGAACACAUUUUGAGCUGUGUAGCCACGGUGGCUAUGGUUGGACUAUCACCCUGGAUCACAUCCAAACUGGGACAUUGCCAAGUGCCUGAGAUCUGGAGAAAUUUCUGAAAAAUCCCUUGUUAUAUGGUAUCUCCCAUGGGUGCACCACAAGCUGCUUUUCUUCUCAGCAAAAGCUGGAAAGUUGGAAAGGGACUUUGUUUUUCCUGAGGUCAAGGAAAGCACAGAGGGUCAAGUCUUCACCUUUGCCUGGGCACACAUCCCAACCUGCCUGCCCACUCUGUCCCUGCUGCUUCCAUCCCUGUGGCUUGUUGGGCUGGGAUAGGAAGGGGUAGAAAAGCCAAAAGCCAAAGUUCAUCUUACUCAUGACUGAGAAAAGCGAUGACUUUUUUUGGUUUGCUUAAACACCAGAAACUGAAUUGUGUUUUUGUGUUGCCAAUGAAGAAUCACUCUGGGCAGCCAAGAAGUGCCUUGUGCCAUACCUGUAGAGUGUUUGUACAUCCAAAAGGAACAAUUAGUCCCACUAGGGAGGUGCUUUUCUUUUAAAUGGAGCAUUGUUAAUCUCGCCCAACAGAUCUUUGUCCCUGUAUAUUUUCUCAAAGAUACAGAUGAUAAAUUUAGACCAUGGAAAAGUGAGUUUCCUUCAACAGCUGGGACUGUGGCUACACUAUUCUCCCCAGGAUCCUGAUGUGUAUGUUGCCCACAGCUCUGCAAGCCUGAUGGGUAAUGUCAGACACUGCCUUUAUCUUUCUUGAUGAGGUGAAGAUUGCUUUUUAUAAUAUGGAAAGUCCCUCUCUCAGAGGUGGGGGGGGUCUCUCUCCCCUUCAUCCCUAUGAUUCUCUUGCCCUGGAAUGCAACAGAGCAUGCUCAUGUCUGGUCUGCCUGCAUUGCUGUCAUUGCAUUUGGGGCCAAAAAGAUGAAACCCUAACCAAAUACUGAACUUUCAGAAGCUGUGGAAUACAUUGCACAAACUGCAGAGAACAACUUUGACCAAAAGUUUACUGCUUUAGUUUUUGCCUUUUUCUUUUUUUUUUUUUUUCCUUCCUAAGCCAGCUCUACUUUCCUCAAUGUGAAAUACAGACAGAUUUGCACCCUGGGUGCAAACUUUCUGAGACUGUUGAAAUGGUGUUUGGGUGUUGAAAGCAGUGUUUGAGUGAGCUGCUGGUCAGAGAAGUGAAUGCUAUUUACUAUUUAUGUUGAGUGUGUCUUAAAAAAAAUGGGAAAGGUCACCAGAAGGCUGAUGUGCAAAAAAGACUUUGUAGAGCAAACCGAAGACUAAAGACUGCGUGAGUCUGACGUAGAGGUGAAUGGUUCUGUGUGUGAACACUGUGAGCUAGGAUAUUUAGGCAUUGUGGUUUUAACCUGCCUCUUUUCCUAUAGCAGAAGGCAUCUUUGCCUUUUUUAGAGCUGAAACAAAAUCAGACCCAUCCUCCAUCACAGUCAUUCAGUCCUGCUGAAGUCUGUGAGCACCAGCAUUCCCCAGGCUCAUGAGGCACUUUCUGUGUGUAUCAAACAUGCACAGAGCUGUGCCUCUGUGGAGAUGGGGGAAUGCUUUAUAGGGCAUGAUGGAUCUUACUGUGGGAUAUUCAGAUUUUCACUGCCAGAUAAAGUCUGCUCCCUGAGGAUCACCUGAUCACUCACAAAUUGAUCUGUUCUGAACAUCUCCCCUAAAGCUCUAUAACCAUUAGAUUUUAUAAGUCUUGGGAGGCACUAAUUCUUUUUCAGAUACUGUAAUGGCCAUCAAAAUGAGCAAAGUAUCCUACCAUGUGAAUUGUGACCUGAGGAUGGGAUUGAAAGGUGUCUGAAGGUUAGAGAAGGAAGAAGAGAACUUAUAAGUGGUGGAAAUCCAUAAGGAUGUGUCAUAUUUUUAUUUUUGUAAGUUUGAUUCUCUAAGUGCUUGUAAAGUACUUUACUGUUGUAUAUGUGGUGAUGCAGUAGCUCACAAUAUCCUUUUAUUUUUGUAUAUUCCUUCCUCCACCAUAAUUCCUUUCUGUUCAACUCAUAGAGUAAUUUAAGAAGACAAAAUUUAUAUAUCAUAAUAAAAUGCUCAAACCCUCA